UGUAUAUGACCGCUAGGUGGCCUGGUCCACCACGAGGAGGUUGAAGACUUGCCUGCAAGCCAGAGGGAGGCAACGACAGUUCAAUCCCUAGAUUGCAAUUUUCUCGCCUUCGAUAUUGCAGGCAGUGGGAGGGACGCACAGCAGCUACUACGAUUAUCAGCAGAUCUGAGCCCGUAAAGGGCAGCGAUUCCACUACACAGGACGAGCAAGAGAAAAACUUUCCCUUCUCCUGCUUCGCUGGGAAGAACCUCACUUUUCAGCCAGGAGUCAGAACGCUGGUCAGCGGGCGUUAGGAGAGUUGUCUUCCCAGUCUCCGAAAGGCAGCCUCGUCUGUUUUAUUAACCUUCCUUCUUCGUAUUCGUCGAAUUGUGGGCAUUACGCUUCUUUGAACCAGCGCUCUGGAAUUUCACAGGGAGGAAAAAGAGAAGAAUGGGUGUUGUAGAAGAUUUAAUGCCCACACAAUUUCCCCUUCCAAAGCACGUCUUGGAUGUAUGGGUUAUUGUAAUGAUCAUCCUGGUCACCAUCGUCGUUAUGACAUCCUUGGUAUUAUGCCCAGCAAUCGUUGUGAUCAUAUAUAGAGUCAGGACACACCCUAUACAUAAUGGAGUUGUGUGAGACUUGCUUCCUCCUCCACUGUGUGAUUUUCCUUUUGAGAAACAUCGGGCUAAAGGACAACAGAGAAAGCAGCCAGUUUAUCAAGCUGUCUCUGAUAGAGCUCUGAUGAUGAAAAAGUGCCAGCAAGGACAUGGCAGCAACACAGAAACUGCGAUCAUGAGCUAAGAAAGCUACGGUCACAAAACGCACUCUGGGAGCCUUCUUAUCCAUUCAGACUGUGACUCUAAUCUGGGACUUCUCAGUUUUGGAAUGCUCAGCUAGCGCAGAAUUCCAGAAUGCUCCUGUUUUGGUUUAUCUGUACUUUAAUCAAAAUGGUUCCUUUUGUGUACUGAGCAAACUGAUCCAAAGGAUUAAGGAGGAUGGUGGAACAAGAUGUCAGAAAGGAAGUGUUAAGUGUCCAAUAACAAAAUCCUUCUUAAACAAAUGAGGCUUAUACAAGAGCAACCAGCUUUAACUAUUCUUCUCAAAUUCUUGUCUUUCUCCCCUGUAAACAUUGGUUGAGGAGAGGAAUCUUUGGCUGUUUCCAGCUCUUUCCUACAAAUGGCAAUAGCUGAAAAGGAAUCAGGGAGGGGAAAUGAGAUUCCAUCCAAGUAAUUUGCUGCCAGGGAAUAGUUUAGGAUGUGGUACUGAGGGGAAAGCAAAGGAGAAGAGGGUGUUUUUGUGUGUGACGGCUGCUGCAGCUGAUUGUGGGAAAUGGUGAGCAUCUAGCAGUACUAUGAAUGAACAGAAUGGGGGGGCCUGUUCUAAUUAUACCUAAUAAAAGGCUGCUGAGAAUUAGUUUGUAGUGUUAGUACACCAUGCUGUAAUAAUAAAGAAAACAAAACUACUAGGAUAUGAUCAGGGGAUCUACAGCUAUGAAAACUCUAGAGUGUGACUCACAAAAUGCUGCAGCAACGUUCCCUGCUUUGGUGGGUCAGUCCUCUUACUUAAACAGUUGACUUCUCCACUUGAAAGUGCAAGCUCUUUCUUGUAAUAGGAGUUUCUAGAAAUGGCAUUUUCCCCCCUGGCAGAACUGAUCACAGUGCAUCAAUACGCAUUGGCUGCUUCAAAGCCUUGAACAAUUUCUUCCCUUUCUUUCUACUACUGGUUCUUCCCACUACUGGGGAAGAGUAUCCCCAGACUCAAUACUCUUCCAUCCCUUAACACAGCAGAGUGGCCCAAUUCCUGGUCCAAAGGGGAUUCUUAUUCCUUUCAUUUCUGCAUAGGAGGGGAACAUUCAGCAACUGUUUCUGUAGCAGUGCUGAGGCAAUGGUGGACUCUAUACUUGCCAAACCUUUCCCUGUCAUUCAGCUACAAGAGGCACUGGAGACCAGCUGUUAGCAGAUGUUGAGGCUAUCCUCAUGAUCAGCCAAGACAGGGCUAAGGCAGUCAAUCCCAGUCUUGGCUGCCCAGGGAGAACUGCCGGGAGCUGCACUGCUCCCAGUGGCACCAUGAAACAAACCCGGCUAUGAAGCCCGGCUGUUAAACAAGGUUAAGGGAGCACUCGCUUUCAGCCAGCACGGAGACUCUGAGGGGUGCUCAUCCAUAGUUGGGGGGAUACGCGGUGCAGAGUGGGAUUUCUGGGGGCUGGGAUGAUGUGUCCUGGCCCCCUCAGCUCUGCAGUGGAUCAUCAGGGCGUGCAAUCUGCACACCCAGCAACUGGGACCCAGUCAUCUGUGGGGGAGAAAAGCUUCUGUGGUCUUCCUCCCUGCGUGCCCUCCUACCCAGGUCCCUGAUAGUGAGAAAGGGCCCGUUGUCUUAUUCUUAGUUUAAACUGGAGCUGGGCUUAUAUUUCUUUUAAAUUUAUGGAAAGAAAGAAAUGCUCCCGCCCAGGAAAAACUGCUUACAAUGCUUAAGAAAUACCAGGAAAAAUUGUGUAUGUAGUGUACAUAAAAAAGAAGUGAAUAAAUUUCAAGUGAAAGAAUGUAUCAGCAAAAACCCCUUCAUGUUAAACUGUGAUAGUAUUUGUGCAAAGCUGUGGAAUAAACUUAUCUUGUUUCAUGUACAA